AUGCCCAUAGCCCAGUUGAAAGUAAACAGUAACAAACAGUAUGCGCUGAUUGAUGUGAGAAAGCAUCACCAUGACAUUUUCAAUGGUUCCAUAAAAUUUGCACCUUCAACAUUCACUCUUGUUGGCAUCCCGGGGCUGGAGGCAGAACAUAUAUGGAUAUCCAUCCCCUUCUGCCUGAUAUACACCAUCAUCUUUCUGGGAAAUGGCCUCAUUUUUCACAUCAUCCGAAUUGACUCUUCCUUGCACCAACCCAUGUACUACUUUCUGGCCAUGCUAGCCUUUGUGGAAUUUGGUGUCUCUGCUUCCACCAUGCCCACUGUAUUAAGCAUCUUCCUCUUUGGCAUUAAUGAUAUCAGUUUUAGUGGUUGUCUGCUUCAGAUGUUUUCUAUGCACUCUUUCACUCUCAUGGAGUCAGGUGUCCUUCUGGCAAUGUCAGUGGACUGUUUUGUGGCCAUCUACAGCCCACUGCGCUACACAACCAUGCUGACAAUUGCCCGCAUUACUGGGAUGGGUGCUGCCAUUGCCUUGCGAAGUAUAAUGCUCAUGCUCCCACUGGUCUUUCUCCUGAAGCGUCUGCCUUUCUGUGGCCACAAUACCCUCACACACUCUUAUUGCCUCCACUCGGAUCUGAUCAAAUUGCCCUGUGGAGACACAUGCCCCAAUAGCAACCUGGGUCUAUUUGUCAUUACCUUCACAUUUGGACUAGACUCAUUGCUCAUUGUGGUUUCUUAUGUGCUAAUUCUUAAUACAGUACUGAAAAUAGCUUCUGGAGCAGGGCGGUGGCGGGCACUGAACACAUGCGUGUCACACAUUUGUGCUGUGCUUGUGUACUAUGUGCCCAUGGUCAGCCUCUCCCUGAUGCAUCGCUUUGGACGACAUUUACCUCCACUUCUCCAGACUGUCACGGCCAAUGCUUACCUCUUCUUUCCCCCUGUAGUCAACCCCAUUGUCUAUAGUAUCAAAACCAAAGAAAUUCGCAACAGCAUUGUCCACACACUACCCAGGAAGAGGGGUGAGUUCUAA